CGUGUCGAUCGGUAGUGGUUUUGUUGGGAUCGCGCGCGUCUACUGAUAGCAAAUUCAAAUAGUUUGUAAUAUUCUGCUCCGCAAAAGCAAAUUACUUCACUUACAUACCACAACACAUACGUUUCUAUGUAAACGUUACGCCGAAUGAGCGAUGAACCUGGGUAAUGGUCUAUUUUGGCUGGUGGCACUAAUAUUCGUAGCCUGCAACAUAUGCUCGGGCUUCGCACGAGAGUCCCAAUUACGUCUCGGUAAGGCUAUCAACAUUUUUGUACGUUAUGGUUAUUUGGGCAUAUCGAUGCGCGUCAUACCGUACAAUGACAGUUAUGAAACGGAUAAAUGGCUAUUUAAGGAGCCGACAAAAUCAAUUUAUAAGGAUUUAAAUUCACUUAGCGAAAGUCGAGAGGAAAAUGCGCCGGGAAUCUUUCAUGGUGACUUCCACAUGGAAUUCUGCGAUAAUCGAAGACAACUCUACCAGGCUUACUUCCGCGACUUCACAGUCGAUCGACUGGACAAACCGUGGGAGGCCUUCACCGGCGGUUGGUUCGCUGAGAAUGCGGCCAAGAAACUGGGCAUCAACACAACCUUCUUACUAGGCGAGUACUCGUAUGUACUGGUGCGGGUGGUACGCUUUCGGGAAGUGGGCAAGUUCAAAGGCGACAUACCGCUCAAUCAAACGCUGGAGAAUGAUGUGCGCGAACGCAUAAAUGGCAUUCAAAAGGGUAAUGUGACGGGCGCGAUUAAAUUUAUGGAAUCCUGUGGCACACACUACAUCAACUCAUACACGACGGGCAAUUCACUGUAUCAGGUCUUUGUCUACACACGCAAAAACUACCAGCAGAUCCGGGAUCGCAUCAAAACGAAAGGACUUAACAGUCUCUCGAAAAAAGAUCUCUACGACUUCUUUGCGCCAUGGCAUGCGGUGCAUUUGGGUCAAAUACGUUCGGCCAGCUCCAAUGCGACGGUGGAGCGCUGGGCGCGCCGAAAACUGCAGUAUGAAUACUAUGUCGUGAAGUAUGUGACGCUGUUGAAGCUGCACGGCAAUGGCACGUUGCUCAAAGCACUGGACAAUCUGCUGGGCAACGAUGCGAUACUACAGUUGGAUUUGAAAUCCUUGAAUGUCAUAUUCCGGAAUGAGCCCGAGAAGCAAAGUUGGUUCAAUGAAGUGCUCGACAAUCAAAUGAAACUUUGGGAGGUCAAUAUGCCCAUGAACUGAUAGAGAAAUAUAUGUAUGUGUAGUAGAAUAGGAAUAACGAAAUAACAGCUAUGUAUGUAUAUACCAUGUAUAGAACGAAGGCUGUCUGGGAGAAUUACGUGAGCCGUAAAUGUUCCUAAGUCGCUAGCGACUACACGCACUGUUGCCAUUUCUUUGUGCAAGCUUAACCCUGAACCCUAAUGUCUGUCUGUAGGUGGGUAUGUAUGUUUAGUUUUGAAACGAAUCCAAUGUUGAGGACCACAAUGUUGGUCACAUUAAGUUUAAAGAAGAAAAAAGACGCAUUGUUGUUGUUGUGCCUGGUAGGCUUCAAUGAUGCUUCUUCUUUCGUUGCCUGUGAUAGUUUUAGUUGAUUUUAUUGUUGUAACCGUAAGUUAGUUGUAAAUAAUGUGGAGUCAUCGAGUACUUAUGUAUGUAUGUAUGUAUAAUACAUAUAAAGAAUUCUUCGGGUUGGUCGCGUAGUAGCUUUAACGGUAAUUUUGUAGAGUCGCAGACAUAUUUAUGUUAUGUAAAUAGCUAAGCGUGUUGGUAAAGUGGAGUUUGUGGUAUAUUUUUUUGUGAACUUUUAUAAUUAAUUGUACAGUUAGGAUUAGAAUGUACGAAAAUAAAGUUGUAAGUAAUUAAUUAGCUUAAGAAUUAAAAUAAGAAGCUAAAAUGUGUAAAUAAACAAAUUGGAGGUAAAAUAAAU